CCUCGUCCUCAGUCUUGCGGCUCGGACUUCCUCUGGCGCAAACGCGUCGCAAGCGAGCACCGCAGCGGCACGACAACAUUCUCGUGAAGGGGGAAGGGGCAUCUGCAUGCUACGACAGCAGGCGGGGGGGCGGGGGGCUUCGGAGCUGAAGCCCCACUAAGCAAUGCCCCAUACUUCUUCGGCAGCCGUUUUCUGGGAUUGAGACCACAGCUCAGCUCUCCGGCGUAGAAAUCGACCGGCAGCCAGCCAGCCAGCCAGCAUGUCACAGCCGUCCAGCAGAAAAUGGGCGCCUUGGAGCAACUGGUGGGAAUGGGCAAUGUCCGUGGCCGUGUGUGUGGGCCUCCUGUGGCCUCCAGGGGGCGCGUCAGUGGCGCCCUGCAUCUGCGCCUCCAACAUCCUGAGCUGCUCCAAGAUGAACCUGAGCAGCAUCCCGACCGUGCUCCCGCUCUACACGGCCGUUCUAGAUCUGAGCUACAAUGAAAUCAUGAGGGUGAGGUCAGACUGGACCUCUGUGAAGCUCCCCAAGCUCCGUAAACUGCUACUGAGCCACAACGGACUACUCUUCGUGUCUUCAGAGGCCUUUGUGAACGUGAAGCAUCUGCGCUACCUAGACCUGUCUUCCAACAGCCUGCAGCAACUGGACGAGUUUGUCUUUGAGCCUCUGGUCAACCUGGAGAUUCUCCUGUUGUACAACAACAAAAUCUCCCAGCUCGACCACUCGGCCUUUAUCACCACGCUCAACCUCCAGAAGCUGUACAUGAGCCACAACCAAAUCUCCCGAUUCCCCGUUGAGCUCAUCAGGGAGAAGUCUCGUCUGGAGAAGCUCAGCCUGCUGGACGUGUCGUCCAAUAAGAUUAAAAAACUUCCUCUGGACGAGAUGCGAGCGCUGCCUGCCUGGUUAAAGAAUGGCCUCUAUUUCCACAACAACCCGCUGCCAUGUCACUGUGACCUCUACACGCUGGUCACCCACUGGGACCUCCGCAAGCUCAACUCCGUCAUGGACUUCAGAGACAACUUCACUUGCAUCCUGCCGGGCCCCCAGAAGACUCGGGUGGACGUGUUUGACCUAAGCGGUGACAGCAUGAACUGUAGUACCUUCAAGGAGGCAGAAGAGGAAGCCUUUCUGGAGCAAACGCUGAUCCUGGGCUGCGACACCAAGCACAGAAACAUGCUAAAGACCUGGACUCUUCCCGGUCCUGCUGCGGUGAUUCCGGGAGGCAACCAGACGGCAAAAAUCAUGCCGGAUGGCAGCCUGCGAGUCAGUCCGGUCCGGUCUGAGGACUCUGGAACCUACACCUGCUUUGCCACUAGCGAGGCCUUCAACGAGACCAUCUACGUUGUGCUGAAGGUUUACAACUUCACCAUGCAUGGCAGUGGCGAGACCCUGAACACAGCCUACACCACCUUGGUGGGCUGCCUGGCCAGCGUGAUCCUGGUUCUGGUAUACCUCUACCUGACCCCGUGCCGCUGCUUCUGCUGCUCUGGCAAGGGUAAAGCUCGCGGCGACGACAGUAUCCGCUCGUCUGUGCUCAGCGUGACGCCCACCCAUGGGGGGGACCCCUCAGUGCUCAACAGACACGUGGUCUUCACAGACACCAAGCAGGUGCGGGGCCAGAACGGCAAGCUGAACCCCAACGGGGACCAGGACAAUGAGGAGGUGGACGCGGAAGCCUGCUCGCUGAUGAAAGGAACCAGGAAGAAGUCCGUCGCGGAAUCCGUCAGCUCGGUCUUCUCGGACACUCCCAUGAUGGUCUGAGAGGAGAAUGGAGAUGAUGACGACGAGGAUGAGGGGUAUUCCUGGCAGAGGACGAGGAGGAACCACACGCAGGACUGUUUUUUCCAGCAUUCUAAUGUGUAGCACUUGAUAUACUGUGAAGGAACAAGGAGUGGACGUCUCAGGAUGUGAUUGAAGCAACUGGAGUCUUUUGGGUUGUUGAAAAAACAACCACAAGUUGAACGGAGGAAACUGGACUAGAGUUGAGUCACCACCAUUCAACUUUUGUCCAGUUGCCACCAUUCAACUUUUGUGGAUGACCAUGACCUGGAUGACUGAGGAUCUACACAGACACUCAAGUCAGAAUGUGAUAGAUAUUACGCCAAUGUUUGCAAUUGCUUCUCGCCUAGAACAUACAGUAUAGUAGCAUAGGUACAGUGUUACUCCAGAGCCCUGCGACAAAUAGCAAAGAUGCGCAGAAAUCCAAGUAAUUGACCCCCCCCCCCCCAAAAAAACGUUUACCGUGAUACUAUGAAAUAUAAAUGCCCAAACUCAAACAAGUUUUUCGAGUUAUGGGCCGUUGCCUGGUCAAUUCUUUUGAUUUGUGUUGCGAGAAAAAAUUUGAAUGACAAGCGAGCGUUCCAUACAGCACCGCUCAAGUGAAGUGAAAAAAAAGCUGAGCAGAAAUCAGCAAUGCACUUUCAGCCAUUCAUCGAAUGGGACAAACAGUUAAACACACAAGUGCAAAAUGAAAACACUCACAAGGAACAUGGAGCUGCUGCUAACACCAAACUAAAUGUGUAGUAAAUGUUUAUAAAAGUAGUUUAUUUCUUGGUUGUUACAAACACUUUUGGGGGCUGAAAUGUAUUGUCAUUUCAAUUCAUUUCAAUGUGGAAAUCUUAUUUGAUAUACAAUUAAAUUGAAUUACAAGAUUGCUCAUGGAAUUAAUUGAACUCAUAAGUGAAGGUACCACUGUAAUUACUUACAGACGCUUCACGAUGGCGCCAAAGCACUACAUGAAGCUCAUCAACUCACUACAACAUAAUUCCUUGGCAUCAAGUGCCACGAGAUGGAACCAAAGCACUACAUGAAGCUCCUCAACUCACUUCAACAUAAUUAAUUGGUACCAAGAUGCCACAAGAUGGCGCCACAGCAAUGCUUCAAUAUUAUACAUUCAUUUGGCCUGAGCACAAAAUCAGCGAAAGACAGAUGAUAGGUUCCCCCAAAAAUUUGCAAGUAGCGAAUCACGAAUCUGUGGGGUAACACUGUACAUUUAAUCUAGUACAGUACAACAUUGGCUGUCACCAAUCUCGAGUCAUUUAUAGGAGAAGCAGGAGUACGUGGUAAAGGCUGGAUUUGCAUUGCACGCGUCAAGUGACACCAAUUCCCAUGUUUUGCUCUCAAGCGAUACCUUCAGAAUAUGCAUCACAGCAGUGUUGAGACGGGGAAAAAAUGGAAAUCGGCUAUCAAGUGUAAAUUGUGCACCUGCAAAUCUGACUGAUUGGUGUGGCAUAUCUGCCGAUGCAAGUGGGGUACACCACGUCAAUGCUAGCUUGACGUCCUCAAAAAGACGCCCAUUGAUGAUGUAUGCAUUUGCACAAGCACCACAAAUAAACACCUGCUGCAAAACAUAGGACAUUCAAAAUGAAGGCAAUAUGCUACAUUUGCAAUCUAUAGGAUAUUAGAUAUGAUGUAAAUAUGCUACAUUAUAAGUGUAUAAAAUAUUAAAUAUGAUGCAAAUACAGUGGUGCUUUGAGACUAUUUUCGAGAUAUGAGCCAUCUUUGGGCCCAUUUUUUUGCUCUUGCGAGCAUCAUUUGAGCACAGAACACUGUAGGGUCAGUGAACUCUACUUAACUCACUUCACAACAAGCAGCAGUUUGGCAGAUAGUGAACAGUUCUUCAAAAAGAGUCUUCAAGCUGUUUAUUGCCACUCCCAGUUGAAGUUUCGUGUCAAGCAUAAACAUAAAAAAAGUUUUGUAUUUAAAAUAACCAAAGCUUUGCCUUCCACUAGCUUAAUGCCAAUACACAAUGCAAAACACCAUAGACGAGCUAACAUUUCAUUCUAUUUAAUCAUAUUAUUACUGUGUUUAUAUAGUAAAUAUUGUAGAGUAUUAUUGUCCUUAUUAAAAAACAUUGUUUUCUGGGGAGGAUGGAACAGAUUCAUGCAAAUUCCAUUCAUUUAAAUGAGGAAAUAUGUUUUGAGAUGUUCUGAGUGAUGAGCGUGGUCAUGGAACAAAUGGAACUCAUAUCUCUAGGCACCACUGUAUACUACAUUAGAGAUGUGUCCGUCAUUAAAAUCAGGAAAAUAUAGUGUAGUCAUGUGGAGGUUCCCCUCAGUUAAAUCAAUGAAGGGGAAGAGUCAGCCCAGGCCAACUAAACACCAUGUAACAUUUCAUAUUUGUACAACUUGUGUGUUGUCACUGCCUGGUAUUGAUGCUCGUGUAGUUAUUCAAGUGCAAUUUGCGUGUUGUUUCGUGUGUGGAUGUAAUCACAGUCAUAUGGCAUCACUUACAUGUAAAUGGAAUUUUGGCAUUAUGUGAGAAUUGGGCCCUUGGACCUGCAGAGUAAAUCCAGCCUAAUUGGACUCAUCAGACAUUUUACAAAAACAAGUGUAGCAUUAAUACGAGGUCAUGGGUAGCUAAAACUUAGCCGACCGAACCUUUUGUAGUCUGCCGUAGAGUCAUUGUUCGUACAUUUUACUCUGUAUAACUAUGCUGUGUAAGCCUUAUGUGACUAAAACAAGACAUAACCUCCAGCAAAUAAAUAUUGAUUGCA